AUGAAGUCUGGAUCUGUGUCAUGCGCCGGUCUCGCGACAUUUGUUGCUAUGGCUACAUGCCUAGCCGGUGCGUUGGCGAAAGGGAAUAGUUCAACUGCUCCUGUCAAACUGGCAGUCGCAAGGGACGGUGGGAAUAAGUCGAGUCCACUUCUAUAUGGGGUUAUGUUCGAGGAAAUGGACCAUUCUGGCGAUGGUGGAAUCCACGGGCAAUUGCUGCAGAACAAUGGAUUUCAAGGAACUAGUCUUGGUUUAACUGCCUACGCUCCGGUGGGAGAUGUGACAAUCUCCCAGGAUAGAUCAAAGCCUGUCAGCAAAGCAAUUACGUCUUCGCUCAAGGUCGAAGUGCCGGAUGGGGUGAAAGACUAUGUCGGAUUUGCCAAUUCUGGUUACAACGGAAUUCAGGUUACGGGUGCCACAUACAACUGUUCAUUCUGGAUGAUGGGCAAAUACUCGGGAACCAUCAACCUGCGGCUUGUUGGGUCGCAUAAUGGCUCGGUAUAUGCCGAUCACAAUUUGACCGUGAAGAGUACGCAUUCGAAAUUUACGGAAUUCAAAACUAGGUUCAACACUACCUACGCACCAGAAGGGGAUAAUGAGUGGCAUUUGACAUUCGAUGGAUCGAAAGUUGCCGGUAGCUCGUUGAACUUUGGCUUAAUCCAACUCUUCCCUCCCACUUUCAAAGGAAGAGAAAAUGGGUUGCGACAUAACCUUGCAUCGUUUCUGGAUGAAGUUAAUCCGGCGUUUCUCCGGUUCCCAGGCGGGAACAACCUCGAAGGCCUGGAAGUUGAUUCUCGCUGGAAGUGGAACACCACGAUUGGACCCGUAGUCGACCGUCCAGGAAGAGAGAGCGACUGGUUUUACCCCAAUACAGAUGCCCUCGGCCUGGACGAGUACCUGUGGUGGUGUGAAGACAUGAACAUGGCGCCACUCCUGGCUGUGUGGUCAGGCAAGUCUUAUGGAGAUAUUCUCUCCGGGCCGGACCUCGAGCCUUUUGUCCACGACAUCAUGAACGAGAUGGAGUAUCUGUUUGGUGACUCCUCGACACAUUAUGGCAAACUGCGAGCUCAGAACGGCCGGAAAGAUCCGUGGAAGGUUGACCUUAUUGAAAUUGGUAACGAAGAUGACCUCACCCGUGGCUGUGACACCUAUCCGGAUCGUUUCAAUCAAAUCUACAAGGCCAUCCACGACAAGUACCCGCACAUCACUUUUGUUGCUUCCAACGGGGACUAUUCGUGUUUGCCAUCUCCGCUUCCCGAAAAUGUCAUCAUUGAUCUGCAUCUUUACCGAGCACCAGAUGACUUUGUGAAAUUGUUCGACCAGUUUGACAACCAGCCUCGGAAUCAAUCAGUGAUGAUUGGUGAGUUUGGAUGUCGCAAUACUACAAAAGAGACAGGAACAUACUGGCCCUACAUGCAGGGCAGCUGCAGUGAGGCUGUGUACAUGAUCGGAAUCGAACGCAACAGUGAUAUUGUGAAAAUGGUGGCUUAUGCACCCUUGAUGCAACACUUUGAUUUUGUGUCUUGGUCGCCCACCCUAUACGGUUUCAGUUCGACUCCCGACUCUGUCACUCCUUCUGUUUCAUAUUUUGUGCAAAAGAUGUUCGCAUCCAACAAGGGUGACACCAUUCUUCCAGUCCACUCAUCAACAGGAUUUGGACCUCUUUACUGGGUGGCUUCGAAGACAGGUUCACAAUACUACUUGAAACUGGCAAACUAUGGCCCCGAACAUCAGAAUGUCCAAGUGAGUAUACCAGGAACCCAAACUGGUAAACUUGAGAUGCUUGCUGGCCCUAAGUACCAAGGCAACACGCCCUUCAACGUGCAAAUUCAGACCACCACUACGGGUGUCUUCAAUGGACAGGGAAAUUAUUCAAUAAGCAUGGAUCCUUGGGCUGUCGCUAUCCUGGCAGUGGCAUGA